AUGUGGAGGAGUCUGUCCAAAUAUAUCUGUAUCUUCUUCCUGCUGGCCCUGUCAUGCCUCUUCUUCCUGUACAGCAACAUUCUGGAGGUAGGAUAAAGCCAUCUGCACUCAAAACAACUUACAGGUCAAACAUGAUUCAUUUAUCUCACAUUGCUUCUAUCACCAUUUACCUCCUUUACCACCCUCUCCCCUCACAGGGGAGCUACACUGGGGCUUAGCGAAAACUGUAGGUUUUUAGCUGCUACACUAGACACAUAGAUUUUUUACACCGGCGUGAGCAGACCACGAGCCACUUUACCAAAUGUUCUCAGGUGUGAGCCGUGUGUCAAAUUCUUGAAAACAGAAAAAUAGCGUAAUUUUACACUGAACAGCGCUAGCCUCUCACAGAGCUGUGCUGCUUACGUCCAGGUUUCAUUGAAAUUAAUGGGAGUGUAGCACGCUCUGCAAAACAUAUGCUUCCAGUGUAGCACGCCUGUUGGUGACCUCUCCUCUUCCCUCAGCAGAAGCUCAACUGCCAGACGGUGUCAACAAUCUACCUUCUCCAGAGCAGUAUCCACCCAGCUUUCAUCACAGAGGGCCCUUCUCUUCUGAGCCGCAACCAGAGUUACUGUGGCCAGGAGCCCUCACCGGAGGAGGCUCUGGAGGAGCGUGACCUCCUGGAGUCCAUCACCUGGCCACAGCCUCAGCCCCAUUCUGUGAAUGUUUCCCUGAACCAGACCAGUGACCCUGCACACAGCCUUUUUGUGAUCCUGCCAGCAGGGGGCAGGAGAGAGUGGCAUGUGGGGGACCAGCUGGAGGCUCUAGUCCAUAUGCACGAUUUCUAGGGGCGUCCCAAGAGCUAUGGUGGAGACUUCUUGCUGGCCCGGCUGCACUCCUCCAAGUUGGGGGCAGGCGUUGCAGGACAUGUGCUGGACCACAGGAAUGGGACCUACUCUGCCAUUUUCCCGUUAUUAUGGCAGGGGUCUGCACAGGUGGAGGUGACACUGGUCCAUCCUAGUGAGGCAGUUCAUGUUCUAGGACGAGAGGAACGGCCCGAUCGGAUUUUCUUUAAGAGUUUGUUUUCGCUCUGGAAAACUGUCCCAAACAACUGUAUGUAACCUGUGUCUGCCGACAAACCAGGAGCCGCUGUGCAAUUACACAGACCCCCACACAGGGGAGCCCUGGUACUGCUACAAGCCCAAGCUGCUGAGCUGUGACACACGGAUCAACCACGCUAGCAGAGGAAACUAUGUGAAACAUCUACUCACCAACAAAGAGGCAUUGCUCUUCCAGAGGUUAGUGAGGGGUACAAUCCGUAUGUGAGUUAAAGUGUGUCUAAUUGAAUCACAGACUUUGUUUUCAAUGUAUCAGAUUGCUUGCUGCUGUGGGUUUAUUUAACAUUUUAAAUAUGAUUCUCUUUCAAUUCUUUCUCAGUGGUGUAAACAUAAAGGUUCACAUUCAUCCUUCAGGGUCUGAGUGUCAUUGUGCUGCCUGAGAAAAAAGGUAGGAGAGCAAGGAGAUGCCACGGUACAACUGUGUGUUUAUCUUUUUAACGCUAGCUAGCCAGCCUAUUUUUAUUUUUUAUUUCACCUUUAUUUAGCCAGGUAAGCCAGUUGAGAACAGGUUCUCAUUUACAACUGCGACCUGGCCAAGAUAAAGCAUAGAGACUCUGCUCUGCUUUGUGGCUGUAUACUUCAACCCUGGAGUGGUUCUGGGUGUGCAGGACAGUAUUCGAGCCCACUACUGCAUCUACAGUAGUGUAAGGUGGGAAAGCACCUCUAUUACCUGUAAAGUGAUCAUGCUAGCCGGUGCAAGAUGCUUGCUUUCCUUUUUCAGACAAAGCAGACGUGGAGAGAAGCAGCAUGAAGACAGUCUACCAGGAUCACUCCUUCCGGGUAUUACUUCCAAGGGUCAUGGCGAGCGCUGGGUGAUGGUGUGAUGCGCCAGUUUAACGACUCGUCUGCCACUCAGUGUCUGAAGGGCAAGGUGGUGUACAUGUACGGAGACUCUACUGUCAGACAGUGGUUCGAGUACCUCAACGCCUUAUUACCAGGUGAGUUCUGUCUGCAAGUCCUGUGACAUUGCUCACUCUCUGAUACCUCUGGUGCUUUCUAACUCUCUCUUCUGUCUGUCCAACUCCCAACUCUCCGUUCCUCUUUGUGACAGAGCUGAAGGAGUUCAAUCUUUACAGUCCUAAGAAUGUGGGGCCCUACUUGGCGGUGGACAGCACCCACAACAUCCUGCUGAAGUACAUUUACAUUUUAGUCAUUUAGCAGACGCUCUUAUCCAGAGCGACUUACAGUUAGUGAGUGCAUACAUUAUUUUUUUUAAUUUUCAUACUGGCCCCCCGUGGGAAACGAACCCACAACCCUGUCAUUGCAAACGCCAUGCUCUACCAACUGAGCUACAUCCCUGCUGGCCAUUCCCUCCCCUACCCUGGACGACGCUGGGCCAAUUGUGCGCCGCCCCAACGGUCCUCCAAUCCGCUUCAACACUGUCAUCGCCAGUGAGAUGCGCUAUGUAGGUAACGAGCUGGAUGGCCUGACUGGAGGGCCUCGCAUUGUGGUGUGUAUCAGCAUAUGGUCCCAUUUCAGCACCUUCCCUGUGCAGGUCUACAUUUGCAGACUACGCCACAUUCGGCGGGCGGUGGUGCGGCUUCUGGACCGGGCUCCGGGGACCCUGGUAGUGUUGCGCUUGGCCAACCUCCAGGCCCUGGACCCGAAGGUGAGCCUGUACAAUAGUGACUGGUUCUCAGUGCAGCUGGACGGGGUGCUCUGGGCCAAGUUCAGGGGUCUGGAUGUCAUGCUG